CUGCAUCCUAGGUUUUUAGACCAAACUAAUUGAACUAAAUUACUUCCUUUGUAGAGCAGUCUAGAAAGGAUUUCCCAGUAGGAAAAUGAAUUCGUCGGCAAAUUCAUGCAUUAUUGCCGUACAUGGAGGUGCUGGCUAUCAUUCAGUAGAUAAAGAGAAAGAGUACAGGUCAGUGUGUGCUACAGCUUGUCAAAUGGUAAGUGCAACUACCCACAUACAGCUUGUCAAAUGGAAAAUUUCAGCUACCCACAGAUCAGUGUGUGCUACAGCUUGUCAAAUGGCAAUGAACAGCUUGAAGAAAGGAGCGUCAGCAUUAGAUGUUGUGGCCCUAGCUGUGACAUAUUUAGAGGAUGCUGCUUGUACUAAUGCUGGUAUAGGUUCAAGCCUGAGCCUGGAGGGUACUGUGGAAUGUGAUGCCAGUGUGAUGGAUGGUCAGAGUCUUGCCUUUGGUGCUGUAGGAGCUAUAUCUGAUGUUAAGAAUCCCAUUCUUGUGGCAAAGAAGUUAGUUGAGGAGCAGAAACAGGGAACACUGUCUCUUGGUAGAGUGCCUCCAUGUACCAUGGUUGGAUCAGGAGCAACAAAGUGGGCGACAGAGCAUGGAAUAACCCGUGUUUCUCCUGACACAUUGAAAACAAAAUCAUCAGUAAAGACCUACAAUAGUCAUAAAAGAAAACUGCUGAUGGCUGAAGAAAAGAAGAAACACAAGAAAAGAAAAUAUUUACGGAACCAUAUACAUGAUAGGAUGGAUGAAGAGGAGAAUUUAGACUUUGUAUGUAAUGGUAUCCAGGACACUGUGGGUGCUGUAUGUAUUGACAUGGCAGGCAAUAUGGCGGCAGGUGUCUCCAGUGGAGGGAUUUCCCUUAAACAGCUGGGCAGACUGGGCCCUGCAGCUCUGUAUGGGGCUGGAUGCUGGGCUGUCAACUGGAAGUCAGAUGUUAAACCUGGUAUUGCAGUAGCAACAUCAGGAACAGGUGAACAUCUCAUGAAAACUUUGCUAGCACGGGAAUGUUGUCAAUGUUUACAGCAAGAUGAUUUCACUGAAAAUGCUUUCAAAACUGUAUUCCAGGAUCAAUUUUUAGAUUCAGAAUUUUUACAUGAUACUAAAGAGAAAUUUGGAGGAAUCUUGGCACUCAAAUUUGAUAGGUCUGACACUGGCAGCAGGCACUGUGAAUUGCUAUGGGGUCAUACAACAGACAGCAUGUGUAUAGGAUUUAUGAGUAGUAACUCAAAAGUAAAGACAGUGAUCUCUAGAUUAGAAGACGAUAAAAAAGCUGGAACCACUUUUGUUAUGGAAGGAAAAACAGUUAAAUUGUGAUUUUAGGAAGUAUAUCGGGUUUUUAAAAAAUAAAAUUGUAACAAUUAAA